AUGUUUUCUUACAGCCUCUAUGCUGUAUUAAUUAUCUGGCUCUCGGCGAUGAAUAUGAACGGCUGCUAUCCAAUUGUCGCAUCUCUGAGGAAUAAUCGCCUUUAUAUGAAUUGCCAGCUGCCCAGGAAAUCUGAUUGCCUCUUCCUGCUGCUUCUGAAUGGCUGCUUGGCCAAGAUGGAUGGAUCUGAAGAACCAGCUUUGUUCAGUUCCUUUCUGGAGAAUUCUGAUAUUAAAAGAUCUUUUCGAAACGGAGUUGGAUCAGGAAUUAAAAAAAAUAUCCUUUCGAAGAGCCAAGUCAUAAACAGCUGCCUAAAGAAAUACUCACAAAGCAGAAUCUAUAAAGUUAAAAUGGAUGUGCUUAAAAUUGUUUGUGGUGCAUGA